AUGGAUAAAAUACCUGAACAUAGAAAAAAUGCUUUUAAGUCAAAGGCCAUUUUUAAAGCUGAAGAGUUACGUAGACGUCGUGAAGAGCAACAGAUUGAAAUUCGGCGUAAAACUCGCGAAGAAUCUUUAGCAAAACGUCGUAAUUUAAACGUAGCUUUGUCCCCAGAUUCCGAUGAUGAGACUGCUGUUGCUGUCAUCAAUGCUCAGCUUCAAGAACAAUUACCUGAAAUGAUUCGUGGUGUGUUUUCUGAUAAUGUUGAAGAACAAUUGCAAGCAACUACCAAAUUCAGAAAAUUGCUUUCUAAAGAAAGAAAUCCUCCAAUUGAACAAGUUAUUGAAUGUGGUAUAUUUGUUAACGUCAAAGUUGAAACUUAA